GACUGUAACGCCAAGAACGAAAUUCGUGCUCGAGAGCCUAUCAGAUGUAGAGAAUGUGGACAUCGUAUCAUGUACAAGAGGAGGACGAGAAGGAGUAAGUACUCAGUGUUCUACGAAUAUACCCCUGCCAAUGAUCUGCACUUUUACAGUGGUCCAAUUCGAAGCCCGCUAGACGACAAUUUUUCAUCCUCUACAUGCAGAGCAAUAAGAUAG